AGUCAAAAAAAAAAAAAAAAAACGACGGAAAUGCUGAAAUAUUAGAGCCAAAAAUGAAAUUGAAACCCCAUUUCCCAAACUUCUCAGUCUUCCUUCAUUCUCCUCCCUCGCCGCCGCUGCUUCGUUCUCCUUCCUCGCCGUUUCAUUCUGCUGUGCUCGAAUCUUUAUCUAAGGUUAUAUUGAGACGUUACUCAAAGAAAUUGUGCCACCCCUACUGUUACGAUGUCCUGAUACUUCUUGCAGAGCUGCAGUUGGUCAAGAUAUGAUUAACAUGCUGGCUUUUGAUGUGACAAGGAGAAAUAUGCGCAUUUAUUUUUGAAAUCUUAUAUCCAGUAUAACUUAAAGGCUAACUGGUGUCCCGGUCCUGGAUGUAAGAAUGCUUUGAUUCUUCUUACUGGUAAUAACCACCCCAAGGUGACUUGUAAGUGCACCCAUACCUUCUGCUGGAAGUGUGCCAAGGAAGCUCACCAGCCAAUUGCCUGUUCAACUUUUUGUAACUGGACUAUGGAAUGCGUCGUGCAGAGUGAAAACUGUAAGUCAAUCACAAACAUGAAAGGGUGCCCAAGCUGCUGCUAUUCCUUUGAAAUGUCUAGAACUCAUAAGAGUAUGCAAUGUUCAUCGUGUGAAUAUCACUUUUGCAAGCUGUGCCGUGCAUCUUGGCUAGAUAAUGGUUCAUGGAAUGGUGACGAGUUCAAACACACAUGCUCUAAGGGGAAACAGAAAGUAGAGAAUGAUGAUAGAGAAGAGAAAGGACGGAUAGCCCAGGAUAGCCUUAACAAGUAUACUAAUAGCUACAAUCACUGGAUGGCAAAUGAAAUGCACUUACAAGCGGCUAGGCAAGAACUUAAUAAGCUAAAAAAUGGCCAGCACUUAAGUAUUACAAAUUUUCAUUCAACACAAAUAUAUGCAUUUCCUUAAUACUGCCCAAAGUGGACAAUCUUCAAAAUCAUUUAAUCAGGUACAAUCUGCACUUCUCUGCUUUAAACUUUCUUUUCUAAACUUCUCUAAACAGGAACAACAAAUGGUGGUGUUGUGUUGCUGGCUGUUGUGGUCUUGAUAAGUUGUGUGUUGUGUUGUUGGCUGUUGUGGUCUUGAUAAGUUGUUGUGUUGUGUUGGUUGUUGUGGUCUUGAUAAGUUUUGCAGAGCUGCUAUGCUAGUCUUUUGUAUAGCAUUUGGAGGUAGAGGAACAAAGUGGUUUAGGAUAAGACUUUGAUGAAGCCUAACAAGCUUAUUAAGACCUUGUGUAAUGAUAUCUUUUACAAAAAAUCUCACAAGUUAUGCCUAUUAAGACUAGUAAGAGAAAUCAUGAUUAGUUUAAGGCCUUUUUCUUGAUGUAAUUUUCCUUGUUGGGGCUCUUUAUGGGUGUAAGGGGUGUUGGUGCUGUGUGUUGUUUUGCAGCCUUCCUUGGACUGUGUUAAUUGUUUAUGCAUAAAAGUAUAUACAUAAAAGUA